AUGGCUGAACUUAGUGAUACUGACUCAUCCUUUGAUUUGGACGUCAGGAGCAUGGAUACUCAUCGUGAAAUUCACAAUGGUAUUGCAAUUACAGACGAUGAUGAUAUAUUCCAAGAUGACCCCCUGAGAUAUGAUCUGCACCGAUCUAAUAACAACAACAAUACUAUCAGUUUAUUCCUACGAAACAAUUCCAGCUUAUUAAAUAAAGUCAAGUCUUGGUUUGAUACAAAAACAUUGUCACAAUCAAGAUUAAAUAAGUUAAAUAAUCAUGGAAUUCCAUUGUAUGAUUUAGAUACUGAUGAGAACCUAGACAGAAUUAUUCAUUCGACUAAUGACAAUAAUGACAUACUCGAAUCAUUUGACUCAAGAACCUUCCCAUCUUUCAGUAGAAAAUGGUCUCUAGGAAGAAGAAUGUUUAUAUUAAUAAGAUUCUUGAAAUGGAUCAUUAUAAUGGGGCUGCUUAUAACUUUCAUGAUUCAUGUAAUAUUAAAGAUUACUUGGUCCAAAAACAGUAACUUGAGCCAAAAUAAUGAUAUCACCAAGAUAUUCUCUACAACAAAUAAACAUCUAUACAACAGUAAGAUCAAUUUCAAUCCAAAUAAAUUGUACAGUAAUGGUACACAUAAGUUUUACCCACUAACUAUUGUGAUAAAUUUGAGGUAUAUGUCCUUUGAACAAAUAAAUAAAGAUCAUAGUCCCUUUUUAUAUGAUAUGGUUUAUCCAAAUGAAAAUAAAUUAAAUAAUGUGUCAAUGAAUACAAUUAUUGGUGAAUUAGAACCUAAUUUCCCAUAUGAUUCUAAUUUGCAAGAUUGGUGUAUGGUUACAGGAAACUAUCCCAUAAAUAAUGGAAUGUUGAAAGAUGAUAUUAAAAAUUUAAAGGCCGAAAAUGUUACUAUUCCUAUUUGGAACACCAUUGAUAAAGUGUUUACUAAUAAUAAUAAUACAUCUAUCAUGAAAUCCUUUGGUUGGACACAUUUCAAAAAUGAUGGAAACCAUUAUCAUAAUAGUGAACAUUUAGAUAGUGAAGGUAAGAUCGACGAGGUUAUAAAAUUGAUUGAUAUUAUAGAAAAAGGAGAACGUCCCCAGUUAAUUCUACUGACAAUGAACGAUUUGAUGGAUUCUAUUAUCCAUGGUGAAAAUCAAAUCUCUGCUUAUAAGAAGAUUAAUCAUAUGGAUAGAUUGUUACAUAAAUUAGUUUAUGAGUUAAGACACCGUAAUUUACUGGUUAACUUAACAAAUAUAAUAAUAUUGAGUGACAGUGGUAGCAGUACUGAAGACAUCAAAACAUUAAAUCAAGACGAUACUAUGAACAACGAGGAGAAACCCAUUGAGAAGCUCGAAUUAAGACAAUUAUUCAAAUUGGAAGAAGAAAAUAGUAAUAAGGAUGCCAAAAAAAUAUACAAGAAUUUAUUAAAGAAAAUAGAUCGGAUUAAUAAUCAUGAGGGGAGAUUAAUUUCGAUAAAAAUUAAAGAUACAAACGAUAGAAAUCAAAUAUAUAGAAUGUUGAAAACAAAGAUCGAUUCAAGCCAAGUAUCAUUACAUAUAAAGGAUAAUCUACCUAAGGAAUAUAAUAUUAAUUUUCAAAACCCAUCUAAGAUUGAUAAAAUAGUCUAUGAGUCGAUGGAUGAUAUAUGGUUAAUACCUAAGAAUCCAUAUUUAUUGGUAGAAAAUACAAAAGAUAUCGGUGUAAUUCAAGAAAGUUCGAUAUUUAUUGGACAAGGUCCAUAUUUCCAUGAUGUUAUUGUAAAUUAUAUGGAUAAUAAUAGAUACUUGAUGCCAUUUAAUAAUAUUGCCAUCUAUGACAUCAUAAGUUCAUUAGUCGGUUUAAAUGUUAGAGACAGAAAUCCAAACAGAGACAAAUAUACGAUACAGUAUACAUCCGAAUUCAAUCACUAUGUUGAAAUAGGUAAUACCAUUAAAAUCGAUGAAAGCUCGACAACAAAUCCAAUUUUAAGUACAAGUCCUAUCACAAACUCGGUUACAAGUUCAAGUACUAAUGGGAAUAUUAUAACGAAAUCAUCCUCAAUUCCAACUCCAACGACAACUUUCUCCAGCUUAACUUCAUCUAGAACGACAAACUCUAAAACCAAUACAAAAACAACCACGCUCGUCGGUACAGAAACAACUACUGAAUCAAUAAAUCAUUCAACACAAAAAAGUGACAAUAAAAGUGGGAAUAAAAAUAAAAAUGAAAAAAACAACAACAACGAUGAAGGCAACCAUAAUCUGAUUGAUUCAAUGCUUGACUAUCUGAAGGAGACGGAGGAAGAAAUAAUCGAUAUCUUCAAUGACAUCAUCGACAAUAUUUAUCAGGAUGAGUCAGUUGACAGAAAGAGAGCCUGA